GGUCCUGUCAGUCAGCUGAUUUUAACUUCGUAAUGUUGGUAGCGGUAGGCUGCGAAAAAAGCGCGUAGAAGUUUGAAGAAAACUUACAAGAUUACAGGACUCUUGUUAACUCCUUAUUUCAUGUGAAACUAAUUGCUGAUUUAUUAUUUUCUACUUUUGUGUAUUUCGUUGCCAUCUGAUAUCCUUAAAAAUGCAUUAUGUUCAAAAAUACUUAGAGAAAAUACCAAUACCAACAAUUAAUAUCAAUCCAACACCCGGUAAAAAGCUAUCAAACAUUUAUCUGUACUGUAAUUAUUACAGUUUUUACUCACAAAAGGUACUCAUGACGCUUUACGAAAAGAAUAUUGAGUUUGAGCCUUUAAUUGUGGACAUAACAAAAGGAGAGCAGUAUUCUUCAUGGUUUUUGGAUAUAAAUCCUCGAGGGGAAAUACCAGUGUUAAAGGUAAAAAAUGAAGUUAUACCAGACUCUACAAGAAUUUUGGAUUAUUUGGAAUUUUAUUUAGAUCCAGAAUUGACGUCACUAAUAAAUGUGUCAGCAGACAGUAAAGUACUGGAUAAUAUCAAUAGAUUCCGUGAGAUGUUAGAAGCACUACCAGCUGGUUUAAUUACUGUGGGUUCAUUCUUUCAUCCUCAUCUGAGUGGAACUCCCAAGUUACCAUUUAUUCAGCCAGUUCGUGAGAUACUUAAAAGUGGUGACCUGGGAAAUUCUACAAAUCUGAGAAAAUUAGCUGAGGAAAAUCCUAAAGCUAGAAGUAUAUUACUUUACAAAGCUGAGAUUCAAGAUCGAAAACAUGAAAUAAUAACCAAUGAAGAGGAGUACUCCAAAGUCCUCAAAGUUAUUGAUCAAGUUCUAACUCAUGUGGAAGAACAAUUGAAAAAGCAGCCUGAAGGUAACUGGCUGUGCUGCGAAAACUUUACCAUUGCGGACAUAAAUUUAGCUAUUCUCCUCCAACGCCUUUGGGAACUUGGAUAUGAAGGUAGAUAUUGGGCGGCUGGAAAACGUCCCUUAUUAGAAAAUUAUUACAAUCGUGUCAAACUACGAGAAUCUUUUAAAAAAACCAUACCUAAUUUACCAGUUCAUCUGAAAAUGAUUGUGAUGUCGCAACCACCAGCAUAUUUAGGCGCUGCAGGCGCAGCAUCAAUUGGAGUUGUUGUUGCAAUUGUAUAUAUAUUCAAAAAAAUUAUACGCUAAGCAUUGCUUGUCUAAACCAAAUUGGCCAAUAAUAUUCCAUUAUAACCUGUUAUUUAUAUUUUAUGAUUUACCUAAACAUAUUUUUUACUGUUCUUGUAUAUAUUUCUGAGGCAGUAACUGUAGGUAGAUAGUUACACCAUGAUGCUUUAUAUCUGCGCCCCUUGCUCACAUUUUCAGUUCUCGCCAAACAUUUUGCUGGCACUAAAAAUUAAAAUCAAUGUAUUUAUGGAGAUAGCUAAUUAAGUACCUAUCAGUGGUCAACUGAUUAUGGACUUCAAAGCUUAUUCUUUGCGCAGCGCCGGCAUUAGAUAGGAGUUUUUUUGCAACAGGUUCAAUGUGAGCGAUGUUCGUUACGUUGACUUGCCGCUAGCUUAUAUUGCUAUGAGGUUACCUACAUACAGUUACCGGCACGGAUGUCGAGCCCUGACCUUCACCUGCGCAGAAGCGAUUUACUGCCUUAUUGCCUUAUGCGUACGGGUGCGCAAACCGAUCCCCACUCUUCCGCCGAGAGCCCGACAUCCGUGCCGGUAACUGUAUCUAUUUUGAAUUGGAAGAACUUGAGAGUGCAGCAAAGACUUCUUGACUUUUUGAUUGCAUCUAUUUAAGUGAAUACAGUAUUACUUUACCAAGACUUUGUAUAGUGUAAUGGGUCCUAGUUCACUAGCGUUAUUAUUAUAAGCACUAACCGUUUGGCGCUAUUUGACUGUACACCACACAUUAUUUUCAUUACUUUUUCCUUAAAACUGUGUAAAUAAUUUUCCUUUUCACACAGCACCACACAGUUAUGAUCAUUAAUGUGCAACUAGUUUCGAAAGAGCUUUUAUAGGCCUAUUUAAAAAAAAAAAGUGACUGAGACUUUUUGAGCUUUUUCCAAUUGACUUCAAAGAGAGAGAGAGAGGUGGAAUAGCUAGAUCACAUGAAGAGUUGCUAGCAGCAAUGAUCUGUUCCUUAUUUCUAGUAAACAAUUAAGUACUAUCUUAAUUAUAUGUACCUAUGUAUUAAACUUCUAUCUUUAAAAAAUAACAAUAAAAGCAGUAUUAUUUACCUUUUAAGAUAUUUAUUAAAACCGUAAAAUAUGUAA